AUGGCACUUCGUACAUUGAUAUGGACAGCACUGCUCGCGACUUUGGGGCUUUGCUGGGAUCCCACAACUCGCCAAUGUAAGCAGGACAUCUGCUUGACUUCGUUCAUCUGGUGCGACCCGGACAGUCCAGCCGGGGAUUGUGCAUACCCAUUGGGUACAUAUACUCGUACACCCACUCCUCAAACCCCCGGAUCCGCCGUCCUGCUCGAAGAGAACAACUUCAAUAUCUCCUGGAAGGCAUUUCAUGAUGGACCGGUCCGAAUUCAAUGGCACAUGGAAAAUGUCAAUGCAGAUGAGACAUCUGCCGCCACGUGGGAAGUCAAUGUGACGGAUAGUAGCUACUUUAUCUUUCGUCCGGGCGAGGUCCUCCGCUCAUUCCCGACUACUCUAGCGCCCAACAUGACGGCAGCCGAGGCGCGCGAUCAUGCGAGCCAGGGCCAGGGCAAUGUCCUCGUGAUCGAUCAGCCCCGAGUCGCGACGGGUUCCAACAAUGAUACCCAAAGCGAUACAUCGAGCCCGUUCACGGUGCAACCGGCGUUCCUCUACCAGUACUUUGUCACCCAGAAAUGGAUAGGACAGGAGGAGUUCAACCAGUUAUGGAGUCGCGGGGUGGGUAUCGGUGUUGGUGUCGGUGUACCGCUGUUGCUGAUCUUCUCGGUCACCGUCACAUUCUUUCUUACUAGGAGAUAUGUUGAGAGGCAGGUUCAUUCGUUCAAGGCAUGA